GUAUUGACUAUAUUCUUGCUUUUAACCAAGCGUUUCGCUAAAAACACUAAAUUUAAUAGUUACUAUUCAUUGCUAUACCACAGCGCUUAUUCUUUGGGAUACCAAUUAGUACGUAGCGCGGUAGUUGUUUGAAAAUGUUUGAUUGUUGCUCUGGUAUUGGAUUUGUUGAGGAAGAAGAAUCUGUUCUUGCUCACAAGUCUGUUUUGGCCGAUGCUGGUAUCGACACACAAGAUAUCAAGAAUCUCGAUGUAGGUCAUUACCAAAUCCUCGAGCCAAUUACUCAGACUAAAGUAAUUGAAAUCGAGAGGGAAAUCAUUGAGGAGAAGAUUGUGGAAGUUCCAGAGGUCCACGUCGUUGACAAAUAUGUUGACGUGGAAGUUCCCGUAGUAAAGUACAAGCCAGUUUAUAAGAAGAAGGAAGUUGUUGUUGAAAAAGUCAGACAUGUUCCCAAAAUUAUCUACGAAGAUAAGAUCGUUGAGGUUCCUCAGGUUCAAUACGUUGAGAAGGAGGUGGAUGUGCCACAGUAUGUAACAAAGGAGAGAAUUGUUGAAGAACCCAAGGUUAUGGUUGUAGAGCAUGUAAUUCCCGUGCUCAAGGUCAAAAAGGCUGAUCACGCAGUCGAGAUUGAUGGAGCAGGUGCUGAAUGGCUCCAAGAAGACGCCAGGGCAGCAGCUGCCGACGAUGAUGAUGAAAGAGUGACUUCUAGGGCAUGCUGUACAAAUUAGAGUGCCUUUUGAUCAUCUUGUGAUUAUUACCUCACAUUAACUUUUCU